AUGAGCAGAUCUGGGGUUAACCCCAGAAGAACUCAAAGAGUUGUACUCCAAAAACAUAAUAAAUGUAAUGAUUUGAUCAAUGUUGGAAUACAUUCAAUACAAUCAUUUAUACCAAAUUAUGGAAUAUUACCAAAACAAUCAAAUGAUUGGAUUGAAACACAUUAUAAACAAUCCUUAAUCAAGAUUAGACAAGUUUAUACAGCCAUUCAAGCAUCUGAUUAUUCAAUUAUGGAUACUCAAGAGAUUAGAUUGAUAGCCACCUCUGCUGUAAAUAAUACUAGAUUGUGUAAAAUAUUGGCUACAAAGGAAGUGGUUUUAAUGUUGUUGGAAAUCAUAGACAAUGCUGAAAAUAUGUGGAAACAUAGUAAUCGUCAUCAAUUACCACUAUCAGACACUACUAUUCAUUUAUUUUACCUAACCCUCGAUUCUGAAACUAUAAUGUUGGAUUGUAUUUCUUUAUUAAAUAGUAUUUUACCCUAUACAAAACCAGAUUCAAUACCAUUUAAAGAAUUUGUUCAUCUACUAGUUAGACAAUCAAUUUCACCAUCAAGUUAUAAAUUAACAUGUGCAGCAUUAAAUGCAAUGAUAAAGAAUAGAUCAUUGAUGAAACCAUUUUUAGAAGCUGGUAUUAUUGGUGCUGUUAGAUUUUUUACUAGUAGAGAAUUUAAAUCUGAAUAUGCAUUGCUACGCGAUUACACAAUUCAAAUUAGCAAGAUUACAAAAAAAGAUAUCCUCUUAUUUAAAAUGACAGUAUUUGAUCAAGCAUGUUUGGCAAAAUAUUAUCAAUAUCGAUAUCUAUUGUUGAUACCACAAGAGAUUAGAGUGACACCUCAUGGAUUGAUUUGUGAAAUGCUGACAGAUUGUAUUGGAUAUUAUGGUGGAUGGGUCAAGCCUUUGGGUCUAUUUGUAGAUUAUUUCUAUUCAGAUUCAAAUUUCUACGAAUCUCUCUACAAACCAAUGCAAUCUACAGCCAGUAGAUAUUUCUUUUGCUCUGCAUUUGCUUCGUCGAUACUGUUGUAUUUUAUGUUUCUAGUACCACUAAAAGGAAAGAUUCAUUAUAUAAGUUCGGCUGCAAUGUCGUCUUUACUUUGCUAUUAUCAAGAUAAAUUGGUAACUCGUCAAAAGUUGGGUGGUUCAUUGUACAAGUCUUUUAAAGAGUUUUUCCAAACUAGUAGUUUUGAUAAUCAAGAUUCUUUCGAAAAGAUUCAAAAUGACAGUAAUCUAAGACAAAUUAAUCAUAAAUCGGAAAUUUAA